AUGGACAUCGAUGAAGUUAUCCCGAUGCUAGUGGAUGUGGAAGGGAAAGAAGAUAAGGUAGAAGAAAAUGAACCAAUACCCAUCAAAGUUCCAAUCACCAUUGUCACCGGAUAUCUUGGUGCUGGAAAGACAACUUUGAUGAACUAUAUAUUGAACGAACAACAUGGAAAGAAAAUCGCUGUGAUAUUAAAUGAAUUUGGUGAUUCUGCCGAUAUCGAGAAAUCCCUGACCGUCAAUACCGGUAGCGAGCAAGUCGAAGAAUGGCUUGAUGUUGGCGUAAAUGCCAUCGAAACCCUCAUGGACCGCCGCGGUGCGUUCGACUACAUCCUCCUAGAAACUACUGGGCUCGCCGACCCGGGUAAUCUUGCCCCCCUCUUCUGGGUCGACGAAGGACUCGGCAGCACCAUCUACCUCGACGGAAUCGUCACACUCGUCGACGCCAAAAACAUUCUCAAAUCGCUCAAUGAACCCAUCCCUUCUGAAAUACCCACCGAGACUCCUAAUCAGAGCAAAUCUUAUUCCAACGUCAACAAUGAAGAACAUGGACAUUCUGGACCUCAUCUGACAACUGCCCAUCUUCAAAUCUCCCAUGCUGAUGUUCUUGUUCUCAAUAAGUCGGAUUUGGUAACCCCGGAAGAGUUAGAGGUGGUCAAGGAAAGAAUAACAGCUAUAAAUGGUUUAGCAAAAUUACACAUUACGGAAUUUGGCGCAACGCCUAAAUUAGAGGGGGUCUUGCUAGAUUUGCAUGCAUAUGAUAGAGUUGAUUUUAAUUUGGAGGAAGUAAAAGCGAAAGGACAUAGUCACUUAGAUCCUACAAUCACAACCCUCACCCUAACCACACCACCCCUAACCUCCUCCUCCAUCCCCCACCUCGAUGCUUGGCUCCGUUCUCUCCUAUGGGAUUCCACCAUUCCUUCCUCCUCAUCCUCCUCCUCCCCCACUACCCCAUCUCCAGAAAUCCACCGUCUCAAAGCCCGUUUCCCCCUCAUCAACGGCACCACCAAAAUCAUCCAAGCAGUACGAGAAGUAUUCGAGAUCCUCGAUGAUCCAUCUCCCCCAUCCCAACUUACCGAGAAAGAAAAGGGGGCGAUGGAGAUGGAAAAUGACCGAAAUGGUGAAGGAAAGAUUGUGUUGAUUGGGAGAAAUAUUAGAGAUAUGGAAAGGGUAUUAUUGGAGAGUUUCUUAAAUGGUGUUGUUGAGGGUAAAGCGUGUUAG